GGGGAAGUCAUGUACUUCGGAGGGCUCGGGAAGUCUUUCCUCGUUCUCGGGAGCGUUGAAGUCAUGUCCGAGUUCUUGGAGAAGCGAUCGGGGACAACUUCUUCUCGCAGUGCAACGCCGCUAAUCGAACUUACUGGAUCUGACUUCAACUUCGGCUUCAUGCCCUACGGCCAGCGGUGGCGUGCUCAUCGUCGUGCGUUCUGGAACUACAUGCACCGCGAUGCGUGCCGGGCCUAUCAAGACAUACAACGAGGUGCCGCACACUUAUGCCUCGACAAGAUUCUCUCUGAUCCCGCAAACCUGCGCAAGCAUCUCAAAUUCAACUUCUCCGCCUCCGCGCUGAAGGCAAUAUACGGCAUCGACAUCGACGAGAAGGAGGACGUGUACGAAAAGGUGAUGCACGAUACGACCGCCGCGGUUUCUCAAGGCCUAGUCCCGGGGAAAUGGCUGGUCGAGUAUCUCCCUGUUCUCAGGCACGUUCCAACGUGGUUCCCCGGGGCGCGGUCGCAGAGGAUUUGGGCGAAAUGGCAAGCGUACAGUCUCCUGGCACGGAACCUGCCUUAUGACUACGCCCUCUCCGCGAUGGCGAGCGAUCGCCCGAGCGUCCAAGAUUCCAUUGUUGGUCGAUUACUCGCAAACAGUCCCGUCGGGCCCCCUGGAGCAGAUGUUGGCGCGGCGCAAGGAGACGACAUCAUCAAGAACGUCGCCGCAGUAGGUUACGAAGCACUCAUUACCGCAUGGCAGGUCUACUCGACGUUGCUCGGGACGAUGCUCGCGCUCUCGCUCAACCAUGAAGUAGUCGUCAAAGCGCAUGCCGAGCUCGACGCCGUCGUGGGCGCCGCUCGCAUGCCGGACUUUGACGACGAGAGCUCGCUGGUGUACAUCAAAGCGAUCGUCAUGGAAGCACUCCGCUGGCACAACGUCACCUCGGUUGGAGUCCCGCACGCUACCACCGAGGACCAGCAAUGGCGCGGUUGGUUCAUACCUUCCGGGACUGUCGUCAUUGCGAACCAGUGGUAUGCUGAGGCAUGCAUGCACGAUGCGUCGAUCUAUCCUGAUCCGUUCGCCUUCCGGCCGGGGCGCUUCAUCCGGAAUGGGCGCAUAGACGAGACGCUUCUCAGCCCUUUUCAAGUCGUCUUCGGGUUCGGAAGAAGAAUCUGCCCCGGUCGAUAUUUCGGCCUGAACGGACUCUUCAUCACCGUAGCAUCCAUCCUACAUGUCUUCGAUAUCACGGCUCCCGUGGACGAACGUGGGCAGCCUUUCAAGAUUGAACCCACUUUCACAGACGGCUUUUUAUCAUACCCCGAAGACUCCCGCUGCACUGUCUUGCCUCGUUCUCCGGAGCACGAGAAGAUGAUCCGGAGCCACGCGGAAGCGUACAGAGCGGCGAGAAGCCAGAGCUGA